AUGGAUGUUGUGGAGAGAAAGAGACCUAGAGGAACGUUUCUAAAUCUGUUUGAUUGGCCUGGAAAGUCCAGGAAGAAGCUUUUCUCAUCCAACACCUCCCAACUCUCUGAAGAUUCAAAGCAAGCAAAAGAGAACCCUUCAAUUACACGGCCUUCUGUUUCUGAGGUUGAACAGACUGUAAAGAACUCAACUUACCACCCGCCGAGAAGUGACUCGAGCUGUUGUGCUUCCUCUGUGACUAGCGAUGAUGGAAACGUGGUUAGAGCACCGAGUGUGGUGGCGAGGCUCAUGGGCUUAGAGUGUAUACCGUUGCCAAACGACGUGGAGCCAAGGGCUAAUCCUGUUCUUGAUCCAUACUUUCUCAGAUCCUCUCGCCAGGCGAACACUACUGAUAAUCAGAGUGAUGACUUUAGUGGUGUUUCUUGGGAUCAUUUGGAUUCAAGAACGAGUAAAGGGCCACAUAAGCGGAUGAUUGAGCGGUUUCAAACCGAAACCUUACCUCCAAGAUCAGCUAAACCGAUCUCCGUCACUCACAACAAGCUCUUGUCUCCUAUAAGGAACCCUGGAUUUGUUCCAUCUAGGAGCCCUGCUUAUGUGAUGGAAGCUGCUUCGAAAAUGAUAGAGCCAAGUCCACGGAUGAUUGCAAGAACAAGGGCUGUUUCAUCGUCUGAUUCUUCUUCCCCGGUUCCGUUGAGGAUUCGUGAUUUGAAAGAGAAACUAGAGGCUGCACAGAAAGCUUCGACUUCAUUCCUUCAGAUGUCAAAUGAUACUCGUAACAGCAAGUACCUAAGAGGAGAUCAAAGCGAGAAGAAAGCUACAUUGUUUGGUGAAGUGAAGCUACUAUCUUUCUCAGCGCAAGCGAAGACCAGCAGUAAUCAGAAGCAAGACAGCAAAACAACGUCCUCAAGCGGCAACAAGAGGACGGCUUUGGGACAAAAGGAGAAAGCUGAAGCUAAGAGUAGAGCGGUUAAAAGCCAAAACAGUCUCAAAGGAUCUUCCUUGAGCACAGGGAAGAAUGUGCUUAAGCAGAACAAUCAGAAACAGAACUGCAGAGACAACCAACAACAAUCCAGGAAAGUAUUGAACAAAGUAGUGAAUAAGGUUCUUGUGGAAAGUGGAUCUACAUCAAAGAGCCAGAGUUUUACUAUGUCAUCAGCAGAAAAAUCCACUUCUUUACCUUCAUCCCGUGGUAAAAAGAGCCUUCCUCGAAGCAAAAAGCCUCGUAAUGGAGUGCAAGAACCGGGAAUCUACGAAGAUAAGCGGAUCAAAAGAGGUGAGAAGUCGAUAAAAUGUAACGUUUCCAUUGAUGGCGACUCGAACACCACGAGUAAAGACGAUCAGAAAAGAAACAUGGAUGUGAUCUCUUUCACAUUCUCAUCUUCGAUCAAAGGUUUGUCAUCUCUUUCACAAGGAACCAAGAAAGAUGCAGACUCUGCUGUUAAGUUCAAUGUGAUAGGCGACGAUUCUUUAAAUGCGCUUUUGGAGCAGAAGCUAAGAGAAUUGACCUCCAAGAUGGAAUCAUCUAGCUCUUGCUUGAUCCAAGAAGAGUCUUUGAGUUCCAUUUCAAAGGAUAGAGUGACUCAAAGCAGUCUUGAUAAAGUCUUAUCAGAGAGUGAAUCUGUUUCUGACUGCACUUCAGUCUAUAACAGCCAGACAUUCCAGAAGAAGAAGAAGAUGAUGAUAACACAGGGAGAAGAACAUGAAGUUAGCAGCAUCAGCACUCUUACAGAAGCCGAUGAUCUCGCACUCUCCUGCAGCAAGAGUUUUUCAGGGAUGAAGCAGAGUUCAUCAGAGCAAGAGCUCACUUGGUUUUCAUCAAACGAGUCCCAACAAACCUUACCUGAAACAGACUCCGCAGUGGAUUGGGAGCUUGAAUACAUAACCGAGAUCCUAAACUCUGGCCAGCUCAUGAUUCAAGACUUAGCCUCAGGGACAACCACUGAGGAACUGUUGUUACCUUCGAGCCUCUUUGAUGAAAUGGAACGCUCUCGUGGAGCUGAAACGUCGAUGAAGAUGGAAAGAAAGGUGCUUUUCGACUGUGUGAAUCAGUGCUUAGCGGUGAAGUUUGAGAGGAUGUUGAUCGGAAGCGGCAAAGGGAUGGUGACGAGAGGUGGGGUUUUGUUGGCUGAGGAACUGAACAGAGAAGUUAAAGUGUUGAAGAAGAUGAGAGAGAUGAUGAUCGACGAGCUUGUGGAUCAUGACAUGAGCUGUUUUGAAGGGAGAUGGAUUGGUUAUGAGAGAGAGAUGUUUGAGCAAGGCAUUGAUAUAGAAGGAGAGAUAGUUUCUGCUCUGGUUGAUGAUUUAGUUUGUGAUCUUUUCUCUGUUGGCGUUCUAAAACGGUCGUUGUAG